AUCAUAUGGAACAGUCCGUAUGAUUGAUUGCCCAGCAUUCCUUGACCGGUUGUUGGCCGACCCUGUAAAGGGUGAGAGUUCCAUGGCUCGGCGACCGGUCAAUCGCCGAUCGACCAUGCAUAUCUCGGUGACGUCCUUUGGCAGCCUUCGAGUCCUUAUAUACUGGGUCUUUCGCUGCUUUCGAGAACCAAAUAUCCUCAACCUCAAUAUUGAAUUCAAACUCUAUAAUAAGAACCGAACAAACAAAACAAUAAAUCAUGUCCUCCGCAAUCCUCUCCCCCAACACCGGGAUCACUCCCGCUACCACUCCCCACUACCAGUCUGGUUCAGACCGAUACACCCUCGAUGACUUAGUAGCCUCUAUUAAAGAACACCUUGGAGAGCAAGGCGGCAUUUCUUCCGAAGAAGUCGACGAGGAUUACCUGAUCUCCCUCGCCAAAAAGUACAACUCCAACCCAGCAGACUGGGCACCCUACUGCUACAACGACCCGAGCAAGAACUACACCCGCAACGCAAUUGAAAACAUUAACAACAAAGCGAACAUCCUCUUACUGGUAUGGAACCCGGGCAAAGGCUCCCCGAUCCACGACCACGCCAACGCCCACUGCAUCAUGAAAGUCCUUGCCGGCGAGCUCUGCGAGACCGUCUAUCGCGCUCCCCCUUCGUCUGUCAAUGACGAUCACGAGUCCGGCUACGGCUCCGGGAGUGGGACCGAUGGGGAACAGACCGAUAAGCCGCUGCAGAUCAAGUCGGUAAAUACCCAUGGCGCUAACGAAGUGGCCUAUAUCUCGGAUGAGAUUGGGUUGCAUCGUGUGCACAACCCGAGUUCUUCGCGUUUGGCAGUUUCUCUUCAUUUGUAUACUCCGCCCAAUGCUGCCGACUACGGGUAUAACAUCUUUGAUGAAAAGACCGGAAAGGCGUGUUUCGUGCCGCAGGCGAAGUCAGUUUCGCCUUCUGCAGAGUGUACCCAGUCAUAGGUAUCUUCUUGUUGGUUGAUUGCGCUUUGUCCUGGUUUUAUGGAUGGGAGUUGCGGUUCGGGUGAAGGGUUA